AUGCCCUCGGGCGGCAGUGCCUCCUUGACCGCCUCCUCUUCUGUCACGACUUCGCUGAGCAAAGGACCACCACCGCCACCGGAGACGCCUUCGCAAGUGAGAGAUCUGGGAGUUGGCGUGUGCUAUGAUCUCGGGGCUUUCAGAGAACUGAUGAGGCAGUAUCGACUACUAGACGAUGGAGUCACCACCCGUCUCAACCGGACAAUAGCCAAAUCGCGCUCUUCUGGUCAAACGCACUCCCCGUCUCUCCUCUACUCCCCCACCACCUUCUCUUCCUCCUCCUCCUCCUCUCCCAAUCAGGGUUCCUCAUCCUCCAACCCCCUCUCUAGCUCAGGGUCGAGCUCGCUCGGAGCAGGAACUCGCUUCUCCUCGAGCUCAGCUGCUGAUCUAGGCACGACGACCUACGUCGCCUCGGACGAGGCCUGUGGAGCCUUCUGGAAGGAGCUCACGGGGUACUGGAAGGGACGGCAGGACGUGAUUCGAUACUGCAUCGACGUUGUGGACAAAGGCGCUGGCGGAAGUGGUACUUCCACCUCGUCCUCUUCACCGAAACAGAUUGGAGGGUCGAGCAUCUUCGGAAAGGCAGGCAGGGACGACCGAGAGCUAGAUGCAGACUAUCAGGCGAGCAGACCUCCCACUUCUGCCGCUUCGAGAAUGAACGAAGCGCCAUCGGCCUUUCCGGGAUGGGACGAUCGAGGCUCGAGGGCCGAGCAGUCCGAUGCAGCACUACGUCGUCAACUGCACAACGAGCUCAGCAUCGACAGUAUUAUCCGCAAUCGAUCCCUGCAAGCAUUUAAAUCGCGAUGCACCCUCUUCCGCUUACCUGUUGAUGCGAGUGAAGAGGAGAGGAAAUUUUGGCAGGGGGAGAGAUGA